CAUCUCGUACGACGUCUUCAAGCCCUCGCGCAACCGUAACAACUGUGAAUCAAAGCGAUAUUCAAUCUCCUGCUCUCACUAGUUCCCUUGAAGCUCCCUUUUGAACAUCCCUCGUCAUCAGAGAUUUUGUCGUCAUCCCAACUUAUUCUUGGAUACCAUCCUGACUCGCAAUGUCUAAGCGUGUACAGAACUCCCAGGGAAGCCGUGAGGGCUUCUUUAACGGAGACGGUUCCGACGGAAGUUCCACAAUGGAUAGUCCCAGAAAAGCCACUGCGGCUCAGUUGGCUCGCCGACAGAUCAAACCAGCCAAGAGCAGUCGCCGAACCGGCAAUGCGUCCUUUUCAAGCCAAAACGCACCAGGUUCGCCCGUUGGACAGUCCAAUGGAAACGUUUUUGGAUCUUCCCUGAGCUUCCCACCGUCUUCCAGUGGUGACUCAGGUCAAUCGAAUUCCCAACCGUCUUCUUUUAGCGGAUUUGGCAGCACUGGUGGGGGUGGAUUCAACUUUGCCGCGCCGAGCGCAGGAUUCUCAUUCUCAGCUGGGCCGUCCUCUAACCCAUUUGCCAACCUAAAUGGCGCGUCGAACCAGACUGCUCAUACCAAGCCCGACAAUCAAUCCUCCGGGUUUAACUUCUUCUCACAGUCUCCCAGCGCUCCCCAGAGUAGCAAUGAAGCACCGAAAACCAACCUAUUUGGAAAUAUUAAGCCCGCCGAUCAAGCUUCAGGGCAGAAUAUCUUUUCCCAAUCCCUCAGCGCUCCUCAGAGCAGCCCCAAAGCACAGGAAAAUAACCUGUUUGGAAACAUCAAGCCCGCCGAUCAAGCUUCCGGGUCAAGUCUUUUCGACAAAUCACUCAGCGCUCCUCAGAGCAGCCCCAAAGUACAGGAAACUACCCUGUUUGGAAAUAUCAAGCCCGCCGAUCAAGCUUCAGGGCAGAAUUUGUUUUCCCAAUCCCUCAGCGCUCCCCAGAGCAGCCCCAAAGCACAGGAAACCAACCUGUUUGGAAACAUUAAACCCGCCGAUCAAGCUUCCGGGUCAAGUCUUUUCGACAAAUCAUUCAGCGCUCCUCAGAGCAGCAAUGAAGCAAAGAACACCAGUGUAUUUGCGAACAUAAAGCCCGCCGAUCAAGCCUCCGGGCCUAAUAACAUCUUUUCGAACCCAUUCAGCUCUCCCCAGAGCAGCAACAAAGCGCAGGAAAAGGACCUACCCGCCGACUCCAAGCCCGCCAAUCAAGUCUCCGGGUUGACUCACUCUUCACAGUCACUCAGCGCUCCUAAGAGCAGCAAUGAAGCAAAGAAUACCAGUGUAUUCGCUAACAUCAAGCCCGCCGAUCAAGCCUCCGGGUCUAAUAACAUCUUUUCGAAGUCAUUCAGCUCCCCCCAGAGCAGCAACAAAGCACAGGAAAAUGACCUGUCUGCUGACUCCAAGCCCGCCAAUCAAGCUUCAGGGUCCGAUAAUUCUUCUAUCUCCUCCAGUGCUCCUCAGAGCAGCACCAUCGAAGCGCAGAAAAAUAAUCUGUCUGCUGAUCAUAAACCCGCCAAUCAAGCCCCCGGGUCCACUAAUAUCUUCUCGAAAUCUUUAAACGCUCCUCAAAGUCGCAAUGAAGCACAGAGUGCCAGUAUAUUUGCAAAUCUCAAGCCCGCCAAUCAAGCCCCCGGGUCCACCAAUCUCUUUUCGAAUCCAUUCAGCGCUCCCCCGAGCAGCAAUACCGAAGCACAGACAAAGAAUCUGUUUGUUCAAGCGAAACCCGAUACUCAAUCUUCAGGGUCCAGCAAUAUCUUCUCGAAAUCAUUCAGCGCUCCUUCGAGCAGCGACAAUGAAGCACAGACAAAGAGUCUGUUUGCCCAAGCGAAGCCCGAUACUCAAUCUUCAGGGUCCAGCAACAUCUUCUCAAAAUCAUUCAGCGCUCCUCAGAGCAGCAACGAGGCACAGAAAUCUAAUCUGUUUGCCCAAGCGAAGCCCGAUACUCAAUCUUCAGGGUCCAGCAACAUCUUCUCAAAAUCAUUCAGCGCUCCUCAGAGCAGCAACGAGGCACAGAAAUCUAAUCUGUUUGCCCAAGCGAAGCCCGAUACUCAAUCUUCAGGGUCCAGCAACAUCUUCUCAAAAUCAUUCAGCGCUCCUCAGAGCAGCAACGAGGCACAGAAAUCUAAUCUGUUUGCCCAAGCGAAGCCCGAUACUCAAUCUUCAGGGUCCAGUAACAUCUUCUCGAAAUCAUUCAGCGCUCCUCAGAGCAGCAACGAGGCACAGAAAUCUAAUUUGUUUGCCCAACACAAACCCGACAAUCAAGCUUCAGGGACAAAUAGAUUUUCUCAACUGGUCAACGCUUCCCAAAAUGGCAAGGCAGAACAGGCAACCAGCAAGCCCGACACUCAAGCUUCAAAUGUCCCCCAAAAGAAGGACGUCCCUACAAACGCAAAUCAUACAAACUUUUCACAACUGCAGCAAAAUGGAGGCAUGAUUCCUGCUCAGAUCGGUGCGCUCAAUACGACAUUCAAGGACGCAGUUGCAGCCGCCUCAAUCCAUUCGGAUCUAUCUCUGCUCGUUCAAUCAUAUUUGGAACGACGCCAAGCUAUCCUUGACCAAGACGCGACAGGAGAGUUCGGUACCACUCACGUGACCUCGGCUCCCCCAGUAGGAGGCCCCCUUGGAUCAUCCAAUAAAAGAAAGGCGGACGACAAUAUCUAUGAAGAUAAACCCAACGACGCUGAAGCGACUCACAAGAAGGCCAAGCCCAACGAGCCUUUAAAUGGAGUGCACGCUACACAAACAACCGUUUUUAAUAGCCAUGCCGGUACAUCGAAUAAGGGAAAGGCAAAUGAAGAGAUCAGCAAGGCUCCGGAAAGCCAUGUUAAUGGAUCGAUGGAAAUGAAACCUGAUCGCCCUAUGACAAGCCCUGGCAACCAGCAAGCCGGUGGAAACGUCAGUACCCAAGCAAGUCUUAAAUCGGCAGCUCCAACCUCGGCAGGGCCACCAAAAUUCUCCAUGCCGAAAUUUGCGGGAGGAAACGCAAAUUUCGCAGCCUUCGGCAAAUCUGCCGAGGCGAGCAUGGAGAAAGAAAAGGCCAAACGUAAGGCCGAGGACUUCGAUUCUGAUGAAGAAUCAGAAGAACAAUGGGAGCGCCGAGAUCUCGAAGCUCAGCGGGCCAAAAAGGCCCGGCUCGCUGAGCAAUCCCAGGGACGAACAGCAAAGUUCGUUCCUGGGAAGGGCUUCGUUUGGGAGGGCGAGCGUAAGGACACUUCCCCCGAUGAACAGCGUGAUGCUAAAAUGACUAAUCAGGAUGCUGAAGCUCAGCGGUUAACCGCCGCUGAGCCGGCCGCUCGCCCGGCCCCAAACGUUUUCAGCAAUCCAAUAACAGCAGCAGCAGCAACAGCUGAAAUUCCAGCAUCGAAUACUGUUCGCCCCGCCCGAGGGGGCGAGGGGUCAAAGGAUUCCAGCUCCGUCACUGGACCUUUUCAGUCGGAGCCGGAGUCGGAGCUGGGGGCAGGCGUCAGUACUGCCUCCAGUGAUGAUGAUUCCGGUACGGCGGCCCCUCUCUCCCUUGCUGGCGGGGCUACCUCGUUGCUUGCCCCCCGGGGGGCUGCGGGCUCGAAGGACUCCAGCGACGGAGCUGGACCUUCCGGAACAAGGUCGGAGCUGGGGACAGGCAUCAGCACUGUCCUCGGUGAUGAUGGCUCUGAUACGGCGAGCCUUCGUUCCCCCGGGGGUGGGGCUGUCUCGAUUUUAGACAGCCCCAGAUCCGAAGUGGGGUCUGACAUCCGGGAGACGAACCUGUUUGCUAGUCCAUCUGCUGCACUUCCAAAGCUGGAAGGGCGGCAGGUAGAGGAGCUCCCGGAUGAUGCUGAUACCGUCGAGGACGCUGGAAAGGCUACCGAAAAGCCAGGCUUGACUGCUUUCACACCUGGCAGUGCGCUCCCUCCGGCGGCCUCACAGUCGCCUGGAGGGAGCAGCAUUUUCGGUAGCCCCUUCUCGACUGCACAGCCAGGCACCCUCUUCGGAUCGCCAAAGAGCGACCAAACGUGGAAGCCGGACUCGCCGAUAAAAUUCAGUCCCGGCACAACCUCGGUGGCGGCUCCCACGUCGUCGCUCUUUGGCUCUGGCAGCAACGUCGGGUUCGCAUUUGGUGGACCCCCGAAAGCGCCCGACUCGCUUUCUCCUUCCACGGAAAUUUCGCGCGCCACCACACCUGGAGCAACAACCGACACUGGCGCCGAAAGCGCAGCUGACUCAGCAGCUGACGCCGGCGAAGCCUCCGCUAGUGAGGCGCCUCAGGCGAACUUUUCUGCCCGGGGCCCUGGAGAGGAAAAUGAGGAUGUCCUUUUCCAGGUCCGAGCCAAGGCUAUGAUGAUGGUUACUAACGAUGGUAAGAAAGAGUGGGAGAACAAAGGUGUGGGCCCUUGCCGCAUUCUCAAGCACGAACACACGGGAAAAUCUCGCAUCGUGAUGCGGCAGGAUCCCAGCGGCACUCUGGUUAUCAACGCGGCUGUUUUAAAGGGAAUCAAAUAUGAGUAUAAGGCACCAAAAUCUGUUACAUUCCAAACAGCAGCGGCGGAUGGGAAGCUUAGUUUUUGGCUGGUACGUGUUGGUAAAGAUUCGGAUGCUAUGGAUUUGGCAAAGACUCUAGAGUCGGCCAAGUAAACGCCUGAGCGAGACGUACCCAAUCGAGUCUGCCUUCAACUCUCGUGUGUUGAUUGUACCGUCUCUUCUUCUACUACCUUUUUUGGAUUCUUUGUAUGAUGUUACCCGGGGGUAUUUUU